AUGAACAUUAAACAUUUAAGCCUUGGGGUCGAUCUGGAUGCGGCGCAUUUCGGAGAAUUGCGAGCACUCAACCCUGAUGUCCAAGAUACCGUUAGAGUAGGAGACGGUGACCGACUUGUCCAAAGCGUUGUGGGGGAGCUUGAAGCGCCUGUAGAAGUAACCGACCUUGCGCUCACGGAUGUGGAUGUCGAGGUUGUUGCCGAAUUUCUCGUAAAGCUCGUCCUUGGGGCGGGGGCCGCUAAUGAUGAGUUCUCCCAAUCCACAUUCUACGGUGAUAUCGUUGUGGCUGAAACCGGGCAAUUCCAUCAAAACAACAAUCUUGUUAGUGUCAGCGUCAAAGAAGGUGUCAACGGUAGGGUUGAAGGUAAUAGGGGUUUCCAAUUCCUUGGGAGCUGGGAUCUCCAGGAUGGUGUUUUGAGGAACAAUGGUUGA